GCUCUCGGGCCGCCGCCCCUCCGUCCCGGCCGCCCCGCGCAGCCUCAACCGCCUUCCGCGAAGACGUCGCCUUCACUGCAGCCGAAAGCCCCGAGGGGUGUCGAUGGCACGGGCGGGAUGGCCAGCCAGGGUCCCAAAGAGGACAAGGCGGUGGCAGCUGCAGCUCCGGCCGGUCCUCUGUCGACUCCGGGGAGGAUCCGGGAAACCGCGCAAAAGACAACUUCGCCGCCUUCCCUGUAUGUACAGUUUCAUGGAGAGACUACCCGGCGCCUAGAGGCGGACGAGAAGCCAUUGCAGAUCCAAAAUGACUACCUCUUCCAACUGGGAUUCGGGGAGCUGUGGAGGGUGCAGGAGGAAGGCAUGGACUCGGAGAUUGGCUGCCUCAUCAGAUUCUAUGCAGGAAAACCUCACAGCACUGGGAGCUCCGAGCGGAUUCAGCUCUCAGGAAUGUACAAUGUCCGAAAAGGCAAAAUGCAGUUGCCAGUGAACCGAUGGACAAGACGCCAGGUUAUCCUGUGUGGGACCUGCUUGAUAGUCUCAUCUGUGAAAGACAGCUUGAGCGGAAAGAUGCAUGUUCUGCCACUAAUUGGUGGAAAAGUGGAAGAAGUCAAGAAGCACCAGCACUGCUUAGCAUUCAGCUCUUCAGGGCCCCAAAGCCAGACUUACUAUAUCUGCUUUGAUACUUUCACAGAGUACUUACGGUGGUUGCGGCAAGUCUCCAAGGUUGCAUCCCAACGCAUAAGCUCAGUAGACCUCUCCUGUUGUAGCCUUGAACAUCUGCCUGCCAACCUCUUCUACAGCCAAGAUCUUACUCAUCUCAAUUUAAAACAAAACUUCCUAAGGCAAAACCCCACCCUUCCAGCUGCCAGAGGACUUGGUGAACUGCAAAGGUUCACCAAGCUGAAGAGCCUUAACUUUUCCAAUAACCACCUAGGAGCCUUUCCUUCAGCAGUCUGCAGCAUUCCAACCCUAGCAGAGCUGAAUGUGUCCUGCAAUGCUCUUCGAGAGGUCCCAGCAGCUGUCGGAGCUAUGCAGAACUUGCAGACGUUUUUGCUGGAUGGGAAUUUUCUCCAGUCUCUUCCUGCUGAGUUGGAGAACAUGCACCAGCUCAGCUAUCUGGGUCUUUCCUUUAAUGAAUUCACUGACAUUCCAGAGGUGUUGGAGAAGUUGACUGCUGUGGACAAACUCUGUAUGGCUGGGAACUGUAUGGAGACCCUCAGACUACAGGCUUUCAGAAGAAUGCCUCAUAUUAAACAUGUGGACUUAAGACUGAACAUACUCAGAAAGCUUAUAGCAGACGAAGUGGACUUUGUGCAGCAUGUCACUCAGCUUGACCUUCGAGACAAUAAACUUGGUGAUCUAGAUGCUAUGAUUUUCAACAACAUAGAAGUUCUGCACUGUGAAAGGAAUCAGCUGGUGACAUUGAACAUUUGUGGCUAUUUCCUAAAAGCACUAUAUGCUUCUUCUAAUGAACUCAUUCAACUUGAUGUUUACCCGGUACCGAAUUAUCUGUCUUACAUGGAUGUCUCAAGAAACUGUCUAGAAAAUGUGCCUGAGUGGGUAUGUGAAAGCCGAAAGUUAGAAGUUUUAGAUAUUGGCCAUAACCAAAUAUGUGAACUUCCUGCCCGCUUAUUUUGUAAUAGUAGUCUCCGGAAAUUGCUGGCAGGACAUAACCAGUUAGCAAGGCUCCCUGAAAGGCUAGAGAGAACAUCAGUGGAGGUCUUGGAUGUGCAGCACAACCAACUCAUUGAGCUCCCACCUAACCUCUUCAUGAAGGCUGACAGCCUGAGAUUCCUGAACGCAUCUGCAAACAAACUGGAAACUCUGCCUCCAGCCACACUUUCUGAGGAGACAAGCAGUAUCUUACAGGAGUUGUACCUGACAAACAACAGCCUCACCGAUAAGUGUGUGCCCUUGUUAACAGGGCACCCGCGUCUGAAGAUCCUGCACAUGGCCUACAACCGGCUUCAGAGCUUCCCAGCAAGUAAAAUGGCAAAACUGGAGGAACUUGAAGAAAUUGAUGUCAGUGGGAACAAACUGAAAGCCAUCCCGACAACGAUCAUGAAUUGCAGGCGCAUGCACACAGUGAUUGCUCACUCCAACUGCAUCGAAGUCUUUCCUGAAGUUAUGCAGCUCCCAGAAGUCAAGUGUGUAGAUCUGAGCUGUAACGAGUUAAGCGAAAUCUCGUUACCAGAAAACCUGCCACCGAAAUUGCAAGAGCUGGACUUGACUGGAAACCCUCGCCUUGCCCUGGAUCACAGAAGCCUGGAGCUGCUGAAUAAUAUUCGAUGCUUCAAGAUUGACCAGCCUUCAGCAGGAGAUGCAUCUGGAGCCCCAGCCGUGUGGAGUCAUGGUUACACUGAAGCGUCAGGAGUAAAAAACAAGCUAUGUGUUGCAGCGCUGUCUGUGAAUAACUUCCGUGACAACCGGGAGGCCCUUUAUGGUGUGUUUGAUGGAGACCGGAAUGUGGAGGUACCCUACCUUCUCCAAUGCACCAUGAGUGACAUUUUGGCUGAAGAGCUUCAGAAAACGAAAAACGAAGACGAAUACAUGGUCAAUACGUUUAUAGUCAUGCAAAGGAAGCUGGGAACUGCUGGGCAGAAACUUGGUGGUGCAGCUGUCUUGUGCCACAUCAAGCAUGACCCUGUGGACCUGGGAGGAUCCUUUACCUUGACCUCUGCUAAUGUUGGCAAGUGCCAAACGGUUCUCUGUCGAAAUGGGAAGCCACUGCCUCUGUCCCGAUCAUACACCAUGAGCUGUGAAGAAGAGCUGAUAAGAAUUAAGCAGCACAAGGCCAUCAUCACUGAGGAUGGCAAGGUGAAUGGAGUGACAGAGUCCACACGCAUCCUGGGCUAUACCUUCCUCCACCCCAAUGUGGUGCCUCGCCCCCACGUGCAGUCCGUGCUUCUGACUCCACAGGAUGAGUUUUUCAUUCUGGGCAGUAAGGGGCUGUGGGACAGCCUGUCCAUUGAGGAGGCUGUGGAGGCCGUGCGCAAUGUGCCAGAUGCUCUGGCCGCUGCCAAGAAGCUAUGCACCCUGGCCCAGAGCUAUGGCUGCCAUGACAGCAUAAGUGCUGUGGUAGUGCAGCUUAGUGUCACUGAAGACAGCUUCUGCUGCUGUGAGCUCAGUGCUGGAGGAAGCAUGCCACCACCUAGUCCAGGCAUCUUCCCACCCUCUGUCAACAUGGUGAUAAAGGACAGGCCCUCAGAUGGACUGGGAGUACCGUCCUCCAGCAGUGGCAUGGCAUCUGAGAUCAGCAGUGAACUAUCCACCUCGGAGAUGAGCAGUGAGGUGGGCUCCACAGCCUCUGAUGAGCCCCCGUCUGGAGUCCUGAAUGAGAACAGCCCUGCAUACCCCAGUGAGCAGCGCUGUAUGCUCCACCCAGUCUGCUUGUCUAACUCCUUCCAGCGUCAGCUGUCCAGCGCCACUUUCUCCAGCGCCUUCUCUGACAACGGCCUUGACAGUGAUGAUGAAGAACCCAUUGAGGGUGUCUUCAGCAAUGGCAGCCGGGUAGAGGUGGAAGUGGACAUCCAUUGCAGCCGGGCCAAGGAGAAGGAGAGACAACAGCACCUGCUUCAGGUGCCAGCUGAGGCCAGCGAUGAGGGCAUUGUCAUCAGUGCCAACGAGGAUGAGGCAGGUUUGUCCAAGAAGGCAGACUUUUCUGCUGUGGGGACCAUUGGGCGACGCAGGGCUAAUGGUUCUGUAGCACCCCAGGAAAGGAGCCACAACGUGAUAGAGGUUGCCACAGAUGCACCUCUCCGAAAGCCGGGAGGCUAUUUUGCAGCCCCAGCUCAGCCAGAUCCGGAUGAUCAGUUUAUCAUACCCCCAGAGCUGGAAGAAGAAGUCAAAGAAAUCAUGAAACAUCACCAGGAGCAGCAGCAGCAGCAGCAGCAGCAGCAACAGCAGCAGGUGCCACCACCACCAUCCCAGCCACAGCCACAGUCACAGCCUCAGCUGCAGCCGCAGCCGCAACCGCAGCGGCAGUUCCAGAUGGACCACCUGCCAGACUGUUACGAUACACCACUAUGACCCAGUUUGAGUACUGUUUUAAACAAUAAACUAACCAGAAAGACUGAGAGAGUCUCCCAGGCUCACAUUAAACCAGGGGUGUUACUCCAUGCCCUUCUCCCAGACACUGCCCCAUCUGUCUCUGCAGCUCAUCUUGUAGGUUCUCUUUGUAUUGGUUACUUUUAAUAAUUACCACUUUUCUUCUAGUGAUACUUUAACAAUAUGAUUUAAAUUUGUUAACUCUUUUCCCUAACAUAUCAAAUGUGUAAAGACAAAGAACAAAAGGUUUAAUAUAUUACAGAGAAACAAUUAAUGAUAAUGUAAUUUUUAAAAAUUGCUUUUUGUUGUUUUGUUUAUUUGGAAGGCAGGGCAAGUUGCCAUUGCUAAAUGACUUAAUAAUAUUGUAAUUGUGUAUUUCUUUGUGGGGAAAGGCUUUUUUUUUUGUCUUGAAAAUGAUAGACAUUUGUAGAAUAUGGAGACUAACUCCUAGGAGUUGCUUUACUCUGUCAGGUGACUUAAGUCACUGGGAUUCACUAAUUUUCUCUGAGAGAACAGUUGAUUGAGAAAUUUCUAUUGUAAAUAGCUCAGUGUUGCAUAGUGAGGCUUAAAGUGUUUGUAGUCUUGGCGUAAGGACACAGCCUAAGUCACUGAUUUCCUGCCCCUCUGAAGAGCCUCCCUGUCCUGCCCCCACCUCGCUCAUCUUCAGUGUGGGCCAUUUGGUCAGCGUGUUUCUGUGUAGAUAAUGUGGUUCUGAGGUUGCUGGACAAGAGCCUGCUCUUCAGACCCCAGAACCUUCUGCAGACACUUUUUAAUUGUGUUCCUUACUGCUGCCACAAUCAGCAUGACUGUAUAGCAUACCUUAGACCAUCUACACAUUGGAGUUAUAUUGAAGCAGAAUGCACAAAUGAACAUGUCAUAAUUUUUGUUAUAAUAAAUAUGAAAUUUACAAGCACUGGA